GCAACAAGACGGUGACGUCACGUUCUGUCAGUCACCCUGCUCCGCCAUCAUUCCGUCGAGGCUGGCCGAGCUUUUCUGAUAACAACCGAUUAUUGCUGUUUUUCGGAUGAAGAUGGCUGCAGGUCCUCUUUCUGUAUCCUCCACUGCAUCCACAAACAACGAUGGCAUCCUCAUCGGUGACAAAGUUUAUUCGGAAGUGUACCUUACGAUCGACAACUCGCUCAUACCGGAGGAAAGGUUUUCUCCAACGCCGUCGAUGCUCGACGGCCUCGACCUAGACACAGAGACCGACCUUCGCAUACUCGGAUGUGAAGUGAUUCAGUCUGCGGGCAUUCUUCUCCGGUUACCCCAGGUGGCAAUGGCAACGGGUCAGGUGCUGUUUCAUCGUUUUUUCUACUCCAAGUCCUUCGUCAAGCACAGUUUUGAGAUUGUUGCUAUGGCUUGUAUCAACUUGGCCUCCAAGAUUGAGGAAGCGCCAAGACGAGUACGAGAUGUCAUUAAUGUUUUCCACCACCUGAGACAGAUCAGAGGCAAAAAGACUCCAAGUUCUUUGAUACUUGAUCAGAACUACAUAAAUACUAAAAACCAAGUCAUCAAAGCGGAACGGCGGGUCCUGAAGGAGCUGGGCUUCUGUGUGCAUGUCAAGCAUCCUCACAAGAUUAUCGUCAUGUACCUUCAAGUCCUGGAAUGUGAGAAGAACCAGACACUGGUCCAGACGGCCUGGGUAGUCCAUGCUGGUAAGUCACAUAAAGAACCUCUGAACUCUGCCUCCUCCAACCACAUGACCUCAGGAAGCUCCCCCCAUUGGUUGGCUGCCCCUCUCCAGACAGCCAAUUCCAAUGCCAAGAUUCACUGAAGGGGGCGGGCGGGCCUUUACCAACAGCCAACAUCGUCUUGUUUUCUCUUGGGUGUCCAAAAGGAUUUGUAUUUGUUGGUCUUGCUACAAAGGUUUCAACUGUAAUGCCCAUUUUUGCUAAGUAGCUACGUAUAUAUUUAUAUUCUGACUUUUUUUUCAGUUUACUUGCAUCUAGCAUUGAAGUAAACUUAGUCACAACAGAAUAACUUUUUUGACCAGUUUACAUGCCUUUUUUAGUAUUUACAGUAGUAUACUGUGUCCUGUCCCCAACUGACGUGGUGUCCAGACAUGUGUAUGUCUUACAGGCUGAUCCGGUUUUGCCUCCCAAGGACCUGUUUCACCCACGCAGCAGUCAGAAUCCAACGGCCAUGUGUUAUGUAUAGUAGCGUUGGCAUAGCAGUUUCACACUGACCUGCCAAAGUGCAGGUCAGGUCAUUUGAUGAAGGCAGGUUAGACUUGAAGUAAUCCCUGUGUAGCAGGUUUUCAGUGAGUACUUGCGGCAAAUGGAGCAGUACAUAUUUGAAUGGGUGUAUGCAUUUGGAGUGUCACCACUGAAUAAUGGACGUUUCACUGCUUUUUGAUCAGUUGUAGUAUUUAAGCCUGGUAGAUGUAGUUCCUUUGAUAAUAAUUAGGGCUGUCAAUCUAAUAAAUAUUGAAUUGCGUUGUCCAUAGUUAAUGGUUAGUAAUCUCACAUUUUUUUGUUUGUUCAAAAUGUUCCUUAAAGAGAUAUUUGGCAAGUAUUUAAUUAUAAUAUCAACACAGUAGUGGAAAAUAUGUUUUUAUUCAAGUGUGUGUAUACAUAGAUAUUUAUUAUUGGAAAUCAAUCGUUUAACACCACAAAUAGUGUCUAAUGUCCAGAAACCCUCAUUGCAGUGUUUCUGGUGUGCAUAAUUAUGGUUUCUUUUAGCUGUGUUGAACAUAAAAGAUAGCAGAUAUUAUUAAAUUUUCAGUAAAAAAAUAUCAUAGAAUUAAGAAUCGUAACUGGAUGUUCAGUCUUGUUCAGGAAAAGGACGUGAGUGAGUAAGACUGUGCCAGUAAGUGGGCGAGAGACGUGACCCGUGACCAGAUUAUCAUAGUUUUAUAAUAAUUCAGCGAUGGUUCAUACAUGACGUGGACACACCGAUGCACAUUCAACCCCCGUUGGACGUGUUUAGAAACUCCGGUUUUCAGUGUAGUUCAAACUUUACUGAUAAACCAGAAAACCAUACUGUUACCUUCAUGAUCAUAACAGAACCUGAGUGAAUGGACCAAAAAAUGAGUGCCGUUAAACAAAUUUGGGUUGACAGUCCUAAUGAUAAUCUGGAUAGGAUCAGCGUUGUUAGUUUAUCAUGGUUUUACCAUCAUGUUUCUGUUAUCACUCGUUUUUGUCUUAAAGACUUCUAUGUUUCUUAAGGACAUAGAUGCUCACACCACCCGGUAGUUGCCUGAGUCACAUCUUGGCCAUUUUGUCUUUCCUACUGCUCUCCCAUGGCUAUUCUAAUUUACCCAUUGUCCCAGACAACCCACUGACAAUCUGGGUUGUAGCACAGAUAUUUUACCCAGCCCAAGUAGCGGGACAUAGUUCGUGACCUAAUGUCUUUUCAUAAGUCAUAGAGGAAAUGGGGUUGCAGACAAAUACAAUCAUGGUUUUAUGGGGUCAGUUUCAAAUCAUCGCUGGAAAGCAUUUGUUUAAAUUAAAACGUUGUUGCAGUUGAACCUUUGAAUCAAGAUGAAAUGUUGCAAUCCCUGUGGCUCAGACACUAAACAUACACGCUUAAGUUGUCUGAGUAUGAGUCCAGUGUUGCAUCAUUUGAUUACAUCAACAUGACACUGACUCCCAAAAUCUACCUGUUGUGCUUGCUAUCAUACAUGCUGUGUCUCCCCCUAUUCCCUUAGAUAUAACAAAGUAGAAACUGCAUUGUCGGAAGUCUUGCUUCUUUAUGAUGGGUUGCAUCUGUAUGCCUGCAUGCUGUCCCCACUCCACAAACACACAAGGCAUGUGUCAUUGUUUCAAUCGUCAUUUGUCUUUAGCUACUCUAAGGUCACAGUGUGGUAAAAUGGUCUUGGCAGAUCUACAGUACAUCAUUUCCCAUUUCUAUCUUCAUGCUUUCCCUGUGACAUACAGCACUCCCAUGGAUGCCCGAGAGAGAGAAAUGGACAAAGUUAAAUUUUAAAGAUAAUAUUGAAAAUCACACUUAACUGUACACACUGUAACUAAAAAUGUGUUGUCUUGUAGCUGUCAGGGCUAGUGAUUAAUAUGCUCUCUGUGCCUAUUCUCCAGCAUAUCAGUGAGCAGGUAAUGUUGAUGCUUGUU